AUGAGCGACUCUUCAUCGAGGCUGCCGGUGCUCGAUGCGGAUCACAUACGGAACAACGUGGUGAAGGACAAUAUUGUGCAGUUGUACGGCUACCCGCAGGGCAAUUCAGACAGGCAGGCAGAGCCCAGGGCAGAGCCCAGGGCUCUUCGCUGUGCGGGGCUUCGUCCAGGAAAGCCAGUCCGCGGAAUCGGAAGGGGGCUAUGCUCGCCCUCGCUGGAAGCUGACAGGACGAAACUUUUCAGUGGCUAUGCUGGCACACGUUCCUCUCAGAGCCAGGGACCACCUUUUGCUGUUGACAAGGCGCGAGCAACCCACUGA